AUGCAGGAUAUUAGCGUGGAGGUGCUUGCUGGUGGACCUGCAUCUCUUCCGAGCAUGGGCUUUGAGAAAGCUCCAAAAACCAUUCUGAAACAUCCGUUGGAGCCACUGAUUACGUCGGCAUCAAAGGCUUGCGACCAUUUGAAGCUGUUGGAGCUCGGCACGCAGCAGCCCCAGCUGGUUUUUGAUGGCACAUGCUGGUCUGACGUCAGCGUUGGAAACCUCUUACCGCCCAGAGUGAAUGAGCUUGUGCACAGGCUUCCAGUCCGCAGUGGUUUGGGCACUUUCUUAGCGGCUGCCCGGCAGGAGUUUGCCACCAGUCUGAAGAGUCCCGAGGUCUGGAGUACGUUGUACCUAACUACUGGCACGUCACCUGAAGAGAAUUUGCGGAUCCAGACUGGGCCUGGGAGAGAUCAUGACAGGUGCUUAUUCCUGGCGAGCGUGCUCCGGCUGCGGUCCCCGGAGGGCGCCAACGUGCCUAGAUUCAUUCUCGAUGCCUUGCUGCAACUGGCCAAGGCGAUGCCCCCCAAGAACCGGAAAGAGCUGGCCGAUCUUUUUCUGCGCCUGUCGAAGGAGAUGUCCUCCAAAGAGCUGAUUGAAGCUGCAGGUAAGGCCCUCAGGGACCAUGCUGGCCACCCCUUGCCGCAGGAUGUGAAUGCUGAGUUGCAAGCCUUGCAGCGGCACUUCAUCACAGGUCUGGCACAGACCUGGACUCUUAGGGAUGUGUUGGGAAGAAUCUUCACUGUUGGGGUACUAUUAUUCCUGAGAAGCUGCUAA